AUGUCGAGCCCACGACACUCGCCGCCUCCUUCGGCUGCAGCUCCCAAGCCCAGAGGUAUCCUUAAGAAUGCGGCCGAACGCAGACCAUCUCAAGGCGAAGCACUGAGUCAGGACGAAGAAGCCGCCAACAGACUGCAAUGGGACGAGACCAACUUGACGCUCCACGAGAUCGAGCGAGAACAGCAAGAGGCUCGAAUGAAGAUCGACGAGCCCAAGACGCCGUUUGUCCACGGAACGUCGCUCAACCCGGUAGGAGACGACGAAAUGUUCGACCUCGACGGCGCUGCGCCGAGUGCGAGCUCGUCAGGAGGAAGUCGUCGCGGUUCGGCUGCCGAUCAGCUCGCAGCAAACACAUCUGCCAAUUCGGGACGAGCGCCGGGCGAGGGUCUCGGUCUGGCCGUCGGACUCGACGCCGCCGACUUGGCGAAAGCAGGCGAUCCGGCCUCUGACGUCCAGACCAGACCUGCCUCGGCGAGAUCCACAUCGCGCUCGCCUUCGUUCUCGCUUCCACCCAAGAGUCCCUCUUCGCGACGAUCGAGCUCGCGAUCCGCUACCGCAGCUGUCGCCGACGACCAGAGGAGCGACGUCCGACAGCAGGCACACGACAUGGACCUCGACGAGGCUGACGACGGCGAGGUGGAAGAAGAGGAUGCGGAUCCAGAGACGCAAGCCAAGCACGCCGCAUUCGCUGCCAAGAGGAACCAGCAUUACGGCAACGAGGCCGAAGCUAUGAAGAUUGCAGCGGCUCUUGCUGCACGGGACGAUGAUGAGGAUGAGGAAGACGAUGGAGCUGGCGGCCUGCCUCCUGUCCCGACUGCUCCCAAUGGCACUGCAGCGAGGUGA